AUGGCGCCUAUACGCCGAUACCUUCGGAUCACAAAAUACUCCGUUCUGGAGUGCAGAAUAUACUUGGACAGCCCGGCGCUGGCACAGUCAUGGCUCCUCAACCCUCGCGAUCCGAUUCUUCCAAAGGUCAUUGAAGCUAUCCGGCCGCUCGUCAUACCAAAGCUGCGUGAGGAGAAGGAAAGGAGCAAGAAAAAGAGCACCAAGAAGAAGACGAUCAAAGACGUCAUACCCGCAGAUGACUUUGAGGUGUCUGUCUUCUUGAUGGAAACGGACACACGACACUCACUGCUCUCAAAACACAAGUUCUUCCGGGAAAAGGGCCCGUCCGCAUUGCAGUCCAAUGCAUCAAAGCUCAUCGCAGAGACGAAUGCGAAUCCCAUUGACGUGGAUGCCAGCGACUUUGCGCCAAUCCGCAUCGAGGAGGACAGUGACAACGAAGGCGUGACACUUAGCGAUAUCCCCUCCGCCAACACUCGCCGGCAGGCAAAGCGCCAGAGGAGCAAUACCCUCGAGUACGGCGAUGACGAUGAAUUUGAAGACGCCAGCGACGACGCCGACUCGGUUGUCGAUGUGGAUUCUGAUGGUCAUCAGCCUUUGCCAAAACGCGCCAGGGGCCUUGAAAACCCGCCAGCAGAGCCAGAUGAAGACGACUACAAGAAGAAGCUCGCGAUGGAUGUUUCAUAUGAGGGCUUUGCGAUCUACGGACGCGUGCUGUGUCUGGUCGUGAAGAAGAAGGAGAGCAAGCCACAGCAAGCUCUCGGAGGCCAGGCCAAGAUGGAGAACUGGAUCACGUCGACGCAGAUACCAGUUGGCGAAGAAGCCUCAUAA